AUCCACGACUAGGAGGUUUGUUUAGGGUUGUUCUAGGUCAUGUUCGCGGUUUUCGUCCCGAUUGUAUUUGUUGUAUUUGCCUCAGAGUCCAAUGCUCAACAGGGUACUGUAACAUGCGGGUCGGUGCUUAAGCUGACGAACACAGAUUACAAUGUACGACUUCAUUCACACGAAGUUCAGUAUGGUACUGGAAGUGGACAACAGUCUGUGACUGCUGUGUCUGACGAUUUGGAUACCAAUAGCUUAUGGCAGGUUGUUGAGCGUAAUGGAAGUCCACAGUGUAGUCGAGGUAGAGUUAUAAAAUGUGGACAGAAAAUCAGACUUAUGCAUCUAUCAACACGGAAAAACCUCCACAGUCAUCAUUUUGAUUCCCCACUGUCUGCUAAUUUUGAAGUUUCAGCAUUCGGCAAUGAUGGAGUUGGAGAUGAAGGUGAUGAUUGGCAAGUUAUUUGUGAUGGCAGUUACUGGCGAAGAACAUCAAAAAUUCGUUUGAAACAUAACUCUACUGAUGGAUAUUUACGUUUAUCUGGUAAACGAUACGGUCGACCAAUAUCAGGACAAUAUGAAGUCUGCGCUACACCGAAAUCAAACGAUGCAGUCACAUGGAUUGCUUCAGAAGGUAUCUAUAUUAAUCCAAGUGAUUCUGCGAAUCAUGCGACAACUAGUUCAACAAGUCAUGAUGAAUUGUGAAUUAUGUGCGUGUAUGCAUCUGUACGUGUAUGUAAAUAUAUAUGUGAUUAACUUUGACCCCAUGCUUAACCUACCUUUAUAUUUUGUGUGUUUGAUUUUUUGUAUAACACUAAAUAAAUUUUGCUCUACUUA